AUGAGUGUAAAUACGGCAGUGUUAUUUCUCAGGCGAAAUGGUGUCAAAUCAAUUUAUCAAAAUGUUAAGCUGCUACAAACGUUUCAAAUAAGUCAACUGACUGUUUUAAAAAACCGAAAAAUUACGUAUCCUAAUAUAAUUUGCAAUAACUUUUGUACUUCCCAUCUUGGUAACUUUUACAACAAAAAGUUUUAUUCCAUAAAAGCGGCACAGCAGGAUCUUGAUUACUAUAACGAGCAUAAUAUAACCAUUAUUGGUGACAAUGUCCCUAGCCCUUAUAGAGAUAUUGAAAACUGUGAUUUCCCGGAGUAUAUAAAAACAUUUUUAAAAGAUCAAGGACUUUCUAAGCCCACAAUAAUUCAGUCACAAGGAUGGCCUAUUGCAUUAAGUGGGAAAAAUCUUGUUGGUAUUGCUCAGACAGGUACUGGUAAAACUCUUGCUUAUCUUUUACCAGCAAUUGUGCAUUUGAAAGAAAAACAGGCAAGAAAGGGUAGAAGUCCCCGAGUAUUAGUGCUUGCACCUACUAGAGAAUUGGCAAGACAAAUAGAAGAAGUUGGUAAAGAGUUUAUAUCAAUGAAUGUCCGCUGUUUGUGUAUAUAUGGUGGAGCUAGUAGGGCGAAGCAAGCAGCAGAAUUGCAGGGUGGUGUGGACAUUUUGAUAGCUACACCAGGUAGAUUAAAUGAUUUUCUUAAAAGUAAAACAAUAACAUUAAGUAGGUGCACUUAUGUUGUGUUGGAUGAGGCUGAUAGAAUGUUGGACAUGGGCUUUGAGCCACAAAUCCGUGAGGCUUUAGAGGGUGUUCCAUAUGAAAGGCAAAUUCUUAUGUUUUCUGCAACAUGGCCAAAAGAAGUGCAACAUUUAGCAAAAGACUAUCUAGGAGAAUAUGUACAGGUUAAUGUUGGAUCUACAGAGUUAUCAGCAAACCACAAUAUUGAGCAGCAUGUCCAUAUUUGUGAACAGGAAAAUAAAAUGGAAAAAUUCAAAAACAUUAUGCAUGAAAUAUCAAGUCAAGGGUUAGGGAAAGUCUUAGUCUUCACAAACACAAAAAGAUUUGUUGAUAGUUUGUCAUUAACACUAAGAAGAAAUGGUUGGCCUGCUGUGGGCAUUCAUGGUGAUAAAACUCAAAACCAGAGAGACAUAAUUAUCGACAAGUUUAGAACUGGCAAAACCAACAUUCUAGUCGCAACAGAUGUUGCUGCGAGGGGUCUGGAUGUUGAAGGUGUGACACAUGUGAUCAACUAUGACUUUCCAAAUACAUCUGAAGAUUAUAUCCAUAGAAUAGGUAGAACAGGUCGCUCACAAAAUAAAGGUAUUUCCCACACGAUACUUACUGAAGAUGAUGCUAGACAUGCGAAAAGUUUAAUUUCUGUACUUCAAGAAGCUAAUCAGACUGUACCGCAAUCAUUGCAAGAAAUGGCUAGAAGUUACGACUUGACAAAAGAGAAAGAGCAUCAAAUAAAGUACAGAAGUAAACAAAACUAUGGUUGGAAUCCAAAUAAACGGUGGAAUAAAUUCCGCAGUCACAAAAAUUAUAAUAAAUACGAUUAUUAA